AGCAGGGAGAGCUGCAGCCUUCGCCCCGAGCGCAGGUGCAGCGGCAAUGCCUGCGCUCUGCCCCGAUGGCUUUCCAGGAACUCUCCAGAGCAGCCCCAGCUUGUGGGGCAAUGGCACAGGAUGGGCUCUUCUCUCAGCCCAUCUUAGCUGUACUCGAGGAGGCCGUCCGCUCCCAGAGCCAGACAGGCAGAGCGCAGAAACCCCAUGGGUCAUAAAACAAAGAGGCUCCUUUGAUUCCUAAAGCAGAAAUACAACGCAGAAGAGGCAGGAGGGGGCGUCACUUCCAGCAGACUGUCACAGUAACUUGACUCGCAACACGGGAAAAAUGACAAGCGUACUUUGUCUGAGCUUCGCUGUGGGCUCGCCUGCCUGUUGUCGGUAUUGUCUGUAUAUGCCUGUCUAUCUACAGCAAGCCAGUCUGGAAGAGGUGUGCAGCUGCCAAGAGCAGAAAAGCCGAGACUAAAUUCAGGAAUCCUCGAGGAGUAGGAAGAAUUAAUGUUCCUCAUGACUCUGUUCCAAGUGGGACUGAAGUGGUGGGACUGAAGUGGUGAGUGAGGAUGGGACUGAGAUGCAAGGAGUAAAUCUGCAUCGAGACUUGCUUGAAUGUGUACGUGAUGAUAGCAGCCCAUGGCAAGAGUAAGCUGCGUCACUGCCAGGGCUAGAAAGACUGUGCAGAGAGGAACAGAACACAGAGGAAGACAAGCAACCAUUUUCUCUCACUGUAACGCAGAGAGGCAGAAAAAGGCAGUAUUUAAAAUACCAUCAGAACUCAUCCAUUCCCGUUAUGCCUGUGCAGCAGCUUGAUUUCUUUCCAUGAUGUUUUUUCCCACUAAGCGCAAGCUUGCCUUGUUUCUGGCACCAGGACAGCAUCCUGCCAGGCUCUCAGUGCUGUGUCAUAGUGCCUCAGAUCAAACCACUUUUCAAGUGUUUCCUUCGGUUAGAGAGGGAUCAACCAAAAAAAUUCCGACAAACCAACUUCUACCCCAAAGUCUCUCAGGAAGCACAAGUCUGCAGAAAGGCUCACGCACAGAGAAGUCACUGGCUUUGCAAGGGGCUCAGUGAGUGCAGAAGGAAAGAGGCAGCAUGUAGGAGGACACUGGGAAGAGGCUGCCAUGACACAGACUUUUAAAGAAGGACUCAGUGAAAAAAAACACCUGCAGGUCUGGGGAUGCCCCUCGAUGCCAGUCGAUAGCACUCCACUCUUCUGCUGUCUCAAGACUUCAUUAAGCCCUCAGACUCAGAUGUUUGGUAAAGGAAGAGUUAACUUUUUUUUUUUUCCUGCUGCUGUGUCGCCAGAGUGAAAGUGAAAUCAAAAGCAGGAGCCUGUCAGCAGUCUAGGGCAAGGUUUGAUUCCUGUAUGGUCUUCUGGGCUUGGAGACCAUCUGGAAACCCCUUUCCCCCAAGGACAGGAUGAUUCAGAAGCUCCUCUUCUUCUGUGGCCUGCUUGGUCUGGAUGCAGUGUCAACAAAAGAUCCCACUGCAGCACCUCCAUUUCAAACAGUGGAUAUAGUCCUGGACUGCCUCUACGUGGGAGACGAUCCAAAGGGCUCGCCAGGUGCCUUUGGUGGCUCGCUCUCCAAGGACCUUGCUCUCCUUGUGCUGAGGAAUGUCAGUGUCAGAGAUGAUGGGAGCUUGGGUGAGGCGACUGAUUACGUAGUGCCACAGGAAAAUGCUGGCUCCUCUCCUCGCAUUGUUUUUGAAGCUUCAGCCCUGUUGGUAUCCAUCCCACACGCGGAGUCCCUGCUGCACACCGACUGUAACAGGGAGGAGGUGAACUGUGAGAUCUCCCCAUACAACUCCCAGCAGCAUGGCAAGGGGCUCUGCCCUGCCUCCUGGUUCAUAGGAACUCUGCGGCUCUCCAGCGGGAUCAGUAUUGCCCUGUUGCUCAGAGGUCCCCACUGCAGCAGCGCGCAGGAGAAGCCUGAUGCAAUACUGCACCCAAAGCUGAGGAUUCCUGUGAGCAAAAAGGGAACAGUGCUAACCACAGUUGAAUUUCAAUCGUCGUCAUGCAACACUUCCCUGCGCACCCGCCUUGGCGGCUUAGUCAUCCUUGACUGCCAGUUUGCCUUGGCUCCCAGCUCCCUGCUGUCCUCUCUGGAGUGGAAGAGGCAGCAUCGAGGCAGUGGGCGAAGCCUGUUUCGGUACCAGGCAGGGAGCACAGGACCAAUAGCAGAGCCAAAAGUCCAUGUGGAUUUGGCACAGUUGCUGGGGAAUGGAAAUGCAUCACUUCAUCUGCAAGGAGUGAGCGUGGGAGAUGAGGGCACAUACAUCUGUUUGGUGUCCACCCCACUGCACCAGAUCCAGCACAUCAUCCAGCUGCAGGUGGUUGAGCCCCCAAGAGUUCGUGUGAUUCCAGCACAUGUGUCAUUUGAGAGAGAUGUCACUACUACUCUGACCUGCAACAUUGCUGGCUAUUACCCCCUGGAUGUCUCCGUGAGCUGGACUCAGAAGACUGCUGAGGAUGAAGCAGAAAUCACUCUCUCAAGCGCACGUUUCUCCAGCCACCAGCGAAGCCAAGAUGGCACUUACGGCAUCACCUCCUACCUGAGCAUCAGUUCAGCUACAGUGCAGGCACCAGCCACCUACAGCUGCCAUGUUUCACAUGUGGCCCUGGAGGAGCCCAUCUCUGUUAGGGCCUAUCUGAAGGCAUCAGAAAAAACAAGAUUGGAAGGGCUGGUGGGAGGCAUCCUUGCUACUGUAAUUUUUGUCGUUGUCCUCUUCAUUGUGCUCAGGAUGAAAAGGACAGUUAAACCAAAGGCUGAGGAACUUCUAAGAGGUUCAGAGUAAAAGAAGCCCUUUCCUACACUCAUUUGUCUCCCUUUUCCUGAUAUAUCCUACUCAGGAGAGCCAGCUCUGCCCAAAUAUUAACAGAGUUAUUGGUCAGUAUGGGCAGGGCUCUCCUUCAUGGAGGAGCUGAGCAGCUUCAGAGACGUGGAGUCACAGAAAAGCAUGUCUUCGUCGUGGUAGAGCAAACACUGAUAGCCUCAGCUCAUUGCUCGGAUGCCACAUUAGAUGCAACGUGCAUACAUUUCUAGAAAUGUUUCUAUUCCAGUUUCAGAAAAAAGCACACUGUGUAUAGUUGAGCAUUUGUAUGACUGUACAUGAGUACAUGCACAUUUUAUAAAUAGGAAUUCAACAUACAUAUAUGCACAUGUUGCAUAUAGGUGUAUGUCUAUAGCUAUAUAUAGGUUUGAUUAAUGUCUAGAAGGCAAGUUUUUAAGGAAGAUAUUCUUGUAUGUAUGUAUGAGUCUUAACUGUCUGUAGGGAUGCGUAAAUAUGUAUGCAGAAUUGAUGCUUCAAAAGAGUAAAUCCCCAAAGUGAGGAAAUUACAAGUUAAACUGACUGCAAGCAAAGCAAUCAAAAAUAUGAUGAAAAUACUGUAACAGAAAGUUAAAACAAAAUUUAACAGAAAUUUCGCUAAUAGAAGUUUACAAGAACAUCUGUGGUUCUACAGUUCUGAAAUAGGCAGAAAUCUAACCUUCAUCUGUCUGACAGGAAUUUGAAGGUAGCACUUAGAAAUCUUGUAUAUAACCGACAGAAAAAAAAAAAGAAAAGGAAGGUAUAGAUGGAAAGAAGCUAUAUGGCACACAACAUACAUAAGAAGUAAUGAAGCGUACAAGCUGAUAAGGAGUGUUCAAAAUAUCUGGAAAAACUGGAUUGCUGCUAGCACUAAAGGCAUUUGGAAGGAGUUUUACAACGUAUAUUGGGAACCAAGCAAUUCUAGUGAUGGCCUAGACCCUUACCGGAUAUAGGUAAAACUGUUGACAGAGGAGAUUUCUGAUAGAGAUUUUUUGAUACAGAGAGGAUAUUUGUUUGUAUACAGAAAGAAGCAGAAUUAUUUAUUCAGAUUACAUGAGGGUGGUGAACAGCUUUCUAGUCUAUUUAUAAACUUAGGAGGGUUUCUAAUAGUAUCUAUUAAGCUUAAGUAUUUUCAGAUCAAUAGGCCAAGAAAAUUAGCACCUCAGCAUCAUAGAAGUUUUGGUUGAGGAGGUAUUGAGUCCAUUAGAAUCAGAUAUUUACAAACCCUGGACCAGGAGAGGAAUCCCAAGAUACUGGAAAAGUGUUAAAAUUGUGCCAGUGUUCACAGAGAAUAAGCAAGAUGACAGAGGUGACUUAGAUGGUUCCAUAAUAAUAUUCAUAGGCAAGAGAGUGUCUACCGCAAGACAGCUAACAAAGACUUCAAAAAUGAAAAUGAAAUUAAUAAUUUAGUAUGUGGUUUUAUUUUUUAAAGGAUAUGAGAAAGAUACCUAACUCGUUCUUUUACAAAAUAAUAAUUUGGUUGAUAAAAGUACUGAUUGCAGAUUUAACAAACCAAGACAUUUGUAGGUAAACAUGACAUUCUCCAGGAAAAAAUAGUAAUGUAUAUAAACAUCAUGAUUUGUGUUAUAUGGAAUAAUUAUUGGCUAACUCACAAAUCUCAAAAAAUAAUUGUCCAGAAAGAAACAUCAGUCACUGCUGAAAGUGUGUGCUUCUUUCACAGGGAGCUCAGUGCUAUUCAAUGUUUGCAUCAGGAAAUAUAACUAUAAAAAUUAUUGUUGACACAAUUUGCAAAUGGCAAGAAGAUCAGUAGCUAAAGUUGAGAGACUCGUUCAGAUCAGCAUGGGUCAAAUGUUUAGCUGAGCAUAUUAAGACAAAGUAAGAAUGCUCAGUAAUGUCCAUGGAAUCUCCUAGGGUGCGAGAUCUACCAUGCUAGCUCAAUGCCAUAAAUCGCUAUUUGUUGCCCGACCUGAAAGAAUAUUUAACAGUGACUAAUGGCAGAGCGUAACUGCCAGCAGAAGCAUUUUUUGCUUGUACCAUUUCCUCUUCAUUUUUGAUGCGCUACCAAUAAAUAAAUAUUUUUAGUUUUGAA